AUGGCGGACGAAGACGACGACAUCGAGUGGAUCCGAGAAGAGGCCAAAGAAUCGACGCCGCUGACCCCAGCGACACCCGCAACAGUCGUCAACAGUUUCUCGACGGAUUUCGUGGCACUGAACAACCCUAAAACCAUUGAAAUUUUGGCUCCCGAAGCUUCUGAGGAAGAAAAACCGAGGAAGGAAAAUUCUCCGCCUGGUUCGUUUCUUUACUUCAUUGUUUUUGAUCUGUUUAGGUUUAAUAGGAAUUUGAAAGAAAAGUGAAAAACUGAGAAGCUCCUACAGAAUAAAAGAUAUUCAUAAAGUUUCCGAAAAAAACUGUUUUUUUGAGCUGAAAAAAAGCUGAAAUCUUCAAUAUACUGCUAUUUUUGGAAAGAAACGUGCUUCAAUUCUAUUUUUUCGUCAAUUUUUCUAAUCCAAAGUUUUAGGAUUUUUAAAAAUCAGGCAGUCGUACAAUGACUAUACCAACACUUAUUUUCAUUUGGAACUUUUUCAAAAUCAGAAAUUUUCUCAAGUUUCCUGUGUCAUCUGCAUUGUGGACGAUAGCUCUGGAUAAAAAAUCAAAAGCGAGAUAGAAAGUCAUCUGAAGAGACGGCAGAGAAGUAGGGGGAUUUCUCUUUCUCUGGCGUCUCUUCAGGUUCUGUGACUCUCUCUUUUCCGUUUUUAUCUUUUCUUUAGGUCCUAGCGCUUAUUUCGAACUCAAAAUGAGAUUUUCUGAGAUGACAUAUGAAAAUUUUCGACCUAAAAAAUCUUCUACUCUGGAAUUUUUAGGUCUGAAAAGACUGAAAGACACUUUUUUCCCCAAAACGUUCACUAAAAAUCUUUUCCAUGCUCCUUCAAAAAUCAUAAGAAACGUUUAAGAACUAAACAAAGAAAUAUAUUCAAUUCAGAAGUGACCGACUCGAACCUCCUUUCCGCAAAAGGCUUCGGCCAGCCGCCAGACACGCCGACCUCCAUCGACGACAGCAUUUCUUUCGAUAUCAGUUGAGUUUCCAGCUUCAUCCGUCGUUGAAUAGGAGGUUCAGGCGAAUGCGAGCGACAGCUGAACAACACCACGGCCGAGGCGAAAGAACUUCUUCAGCGACUCGGCGAGAAAACGCAGCUCGCCACGGAGAACAACGCAAAGAUCUCACAAGAGUACGACAUUCCAAAAAUGAUUUGAAGGCCUUGAUUCAGCUUGGCGGAAGCUCAGAACGACGCGAGAAAAGUUCGAUGGGACGAUACCGUCCAUAAGACUAUCGACGAUCAUUUCCAAGUUCCACCACCUCCUGAGCUUCCUUCUGGAGGGUUUGUAAUUUUUUAUUGGAAGUUAAAAUUUUUCUGGAAAUAUUUAUUCACUAAAAGCCUUUCAGUAUUCUUGAGAGAGGUCCUGAAAUUGUCAAAUCGGAAAGUUUUUUGCUCGACUCAGUCCUUCACAGCAAAGGCUUUACUUCAAAAUUUGAGUUUUAUCAUUUUUUGGGUUCUUCUCUAAAAAUAACGUUUUGUACUUGGGAACUCCAGAGUGGUCCCUAUAGGGGCAACCUUACUUCACCCCAUAGGGGUCAUUUUCGCAAGCUUUAGUGUCUUCUUUUUGGUUAGUGGUCCUUAAAGGGUUUUUGGAUCUUAACGAAUUAGCGUUCUAUGAAAGAAAUAAAAAAACUCAAGAAAAUAUCAGAACAAAAAAAAUUGAAGACCCCUAAAGUGACCACUUAAGUUUUAGGAGCUUUAGCGUCAGACUCAAACCCCUAUAGAGAUCACUCUGGUCUUCCUCAGUGUAAAGAGACACACCGGUAGUAGGAUUUUCGGCAUUAGAAGUUUUGAAUCUCAUCUUUUUCUUCGGGCUCAUUUCUUUUAGUCAUCUUUCUACUAUAAAGCAAUGGGAAAAUCCCAAUUUCAUACCAAAAAAUGCCAGAAAAUUCAAACUUCAUACCAAAAAAGGUCAGAAAAGUCCACAAGAAUAAAACAAUUUUGACAGUUUUAAUGAAAAGAAAGACUUUUUCAUAUUUUAUUGUUGGUUAGGAACGACUCAAGGAGCAUUAUAUUAAAUUUUGAAUAUAAAACUGUUUUCCACUGACCCCAUGACGUCACUUUCCUCCCUACAGCCUUCCGCGGAACGUCGAGUCGGUCCUGGUCGGGGAAGGACUUGUCGAGGCGGUCACAGGGACUCUGGUGCUGCCUAACGGGCUCGUCCUGGUCACCGACGAAGUUCACGGCGUCCUUCUCUUCGACAUCCAAGGCGGCGUCGUCGCUAAGGUUCUUUUUUAUUUCCCUUGAAAAAAAGUACUGCGAAUCUUCUUAAGGUUCAAAUAGCGCUAGAGAUCUUUGAAAAGAAGAAUUUUUUCCCGUUUUCCCUUGAUUUUUUUUUUCUUGUCGUGAUUCUCCUAUCUCAUUUGUAUAAGGACACUGAGAGCCAGGAAUUUUUCGAAAAGUCGGAAAUUUUUUCGUGGGACAGUUCUCUAGCAAUAUGAAGACAUUUGACAUGGGAAAUCGGUGAUUUUUGACUUUUUUCCAAAAAAAAAAGAUUAUUGAUCUUACUCCUUACAAGGAAGGUAAUUUUACUUUUACUCCAGUUGGGAAUUUCCUGAAAUAAGGCCUGAAAACACCUUGAUGUUCCAGAUAGAAAAUCCGGAAACUUUCAACCUGAAAAACUUCCUAUUUUUUGAGAAACGGCGCCUCAAAGUCGAAAAAAACCUUCAAAAUCCGCUUUUUUGGACCUUUGGGCUCUUAUUUUUCAAAAUUUAGACAUUUGUGCAGGUUGAAACUUUCAGAACCUUCUUCCGGUACAUCAAGAAGCCUUCUGGCCAAUUUUCAAGAAAAUCCCAACCGAAAUUAAAAUGACAUCCCUUGCUGAAGUACUAUAGAUCCGCUGAAAUUCUUAUUCAUUCUAAAAAAAUCAUAUAAUUUUCUUCGAUAUUCCGAAGUUUCAGGUAAAUCCGCCAGAAUUCAAGAGGUUUACCAGCCCCGUCUACCACAAGGAACACAUUUUAGUGAGCUUAUUUUGAAAAAUCCCUUUAGAAAAUCAGAAAAAUACUAGAUGUUAGCAGACGCCAAGGACAACGAAGGACACUGUGCGAGAUUUGUUAUCAAGGUAUUUAAAAAAAAAGUCAAAACUGUCUUUCUAAAACUCAAAGGUUACAGUUCUCCCUCGGACUCCAGUAUGUCGGCCGGAUCGAGUGCCCGAAAUGGCUUCAGGAGCACACGAUUCUCCGAGAACGGCUCAGCAUUGCUCAUACUGACUUUUUAUACCUUUGCGUCUGUGGCGAGGUUUGAACUUGAAACAUUUUCUCAUUAUUUCGUUUUUGAUCUCUUGAAAGUUAAUCCAGAAAAAGGUAUUCGUCGCUUUGAAAAUUAUAACCUUUAUCAGAAAGUAGGUCAUCAGGGGAACUUAGAAAACUGGGCAAGAUACUUUUUUCUGUCGAAAAUAAAGACAUUUUGAUAAUCAUAGACCUACCAGAAUGUCUAUUUUUUAUAGAAAUGUCCCUCGCAGAAAAUCAUUAAAAAGUUGUUUUUUCAAGACUUUUAGUCCUAAUUUCUCAAAAAUUUAAAGUUUCUCCUGGUUGAGGUUCUCAGAAUCUAGUAAUUUGACCAAUUAAGAAAAAAUGCCUAGGCGUGAGGCUUUACAUUGAAGAUAUCGCAAAAGUCAUAGUUUGGUCUCGCAUUUUCAUUAGCGCGAUAUCGCGUUUUAAUUGGCGCGAUAUCGCUUUCAAUUUGACGCGAUGUCGCGUUUUAAUUGACGCGAUAUCGCGUUUUCAUUGGCGCGAUAUCGCAUUUUGAUUUGCGCGACAUCGCUCUUUGAAAAUGUUUAAAAUUUUCUUGAGUACGUGAGAAAAGCGAGGGCGAUAUCGCGUCAAGAAAAACACUCCAGCGUUUCGAAAAAGCAACGUCUUUGCGAUAUCGUCAAUGUACCGCCAGCCAUCGCUAUUCUCUCGCUUCUGUUUAAUUUAUCUUCUUAUUUACAGAUAUUCUCAGGCCUCUACGAGCUGACUCCCGUGGGCCAAUGGACCGAACUGGAGUACAAACUUUCCGAAGCUUACAUCGACAUGCUGGCCUUUGCCACCGUCGGUCCAAUCACCCAACUUCUUGUUGUUGAAGGUUUCUUUUUGAAAUUUGAAAUUACCAAUUUGAAAAAAAACUGUCGAUUUCUAUACUGUCUUUUUUGCUCAUAAUCACCAAUUCAACAAUAAGAAACUGCUUCAAAUUGGAUUUUUUUUGUCUUUUUGAAAAUUUUCGCGCGUUGCCAAUGCUUCAUUUUAUGUUAGGAUAUGAUGAUCUUAAAAAUUUUUUUUAAAAAUACCGUUCUUUUUUUCCACUUUUUAGCCCAUUUCACAUCUCACAUUUCCCUUCAAAACUACACUUUCAGAUCGUGAUUAUAUAAAAAAAUCCUAUAAAAAUAUUUUUUCUAUUCCUCUUCAUAAUCGCGUCACUCUACUUAUAAUUUGAAUCCGGUGACGUUUUUUUCUGAAAUUCACAAAUUUCUGCAGAAAUUUAAAAUUACGGGUUUUUUUGCGCCCUCUUCAGCCUUUUUUUAAUAUUCCCUCUAAAAUUCUCUAGAAAUCUAGCAAAACUACUCUCUCUUUCCCUAUAAUCGCAUUGCUCUAACCAUAAUUCGAAUUAUAUGACGUCACUUUUUUUUCGCAAACAGGAAGGAAAAAUUACGUGUUACUGAUAUCGGUUCGAGAGUCGCAGAUUGUCGACAGAAAAAGGAUGGCGAUUUGUGAGAGGCCAGGCGCCUUGGCGCGAGAUGAAGCCGGUGAGUCGGACUCCUUCAAGGACUGAAGAAAACGCUAUGGAAAAGUCAGAAAAUCAAUCAAAAGUUGAAAAAGCUAUCCCUAUAAAGCUCACUUUCCGAGUAGCCACUUCAGUGAGUUUACUUGAAUUGAAAGAAAAAAAUGAAAUUUUUUAUUUUUUUCUAUAAAUCACUUUCCUUGAAAGUUGGACCAGAACAAGCCAAGCGAGAGAUGAAUAAAGUCUGAAGAGACGCCAGAGAAGCAGACACUUUUCCUUUAUCUGUCGUCUCUUCAGGCCCCCUCUACUCUCUCAUUUUUUUUUUUAUCGAUUUAUUUUUCAGAAUAUAGUCUAAAGCGUUCAAAAUCUUCAUUUUGAUUGUUCCUCAUGUUUUAAAAAAACCUCUAAAAAUUUUCAGGACGGUUAUUCGUGGCGAAUCGUUCCUCGGCCAGCAUUCAACUCGUUGACACGAUGAAAUGGGCCAGCGCCAGGAACGUCGCCAUCACUGACGCCAUGGUAAAGUCUAUUCACUUCUUUCGGGACCUUAUUUGGCUUGAUGAUCAUGCGCCUUUAAAAUCGAAUGCGAUUUUACGACUAACUGGGAAAAAUUUUUAAUGGCCACUGUAGUAGUCAAAUUAGUGACCACUUGAGGGGUUUAAAUUUAGUGGCCACUAUAGAGGUCUAAGUGCUACUACUAGACCUCUAAAAAACUUAGUGACCACUUUAGGGGUCAAUGUAUCAACAUAACUGGUCCAAUCUGUUUGUUUUAAAAUUAUCAGAGUAACUGGAAGGAAUACUGGAUGAAAAAACUACUGAAGUGGCCACUAAAUAGAGAACCUCUAUAGUGGUCACUAAAACGGAAAACGGUGGCCACUAUAGAGGUGGGUUUAGUGGCCACUUUAGUGUCCUCUCCAAGUAGUCCUUGGCGGGCCUCUAUAAUGGCCACUGGAAAUUUUCCCAGAAUUUAUCGAUUUUUUUUUCGAAAUCCCGGUUUCCUUCUUCACACCCAAUAACCAUUGCAACAUACUAAAUUUAGCCGAAAAAAAUACGAUUAAAAAGCCGCGAUUUGGGAAGUUAGGCCUCGAAGAUCUUUUAAGAAGCGUCCUUUUCCAGGUCCGACACUUCACGGCCUGCUGGGGCCUUCUGGCCAUUCCUCUAAAGCACGCGAUUCGUUUGCAGCGGUACUCAUUCCGGUGA